GUGAGUCGAGAAAAAUGGGCGUAGCUAGCUAGCUAGCUCCGCGGCGUGGAUAAACAAACAGCGAACGAGCUGUUCGGUACCGUCUUCUUUCGCACCAGUGAAUUUAGCCCGUAUAGCUCAGCAAUCGGGAUAUGGCGGACGUCAAACCAGGAAGGAGGAGUCCUCAUAGUCCCAGACGAGGGAAGAGAUACUCCAAACAUGUGCCACUGAGCAGAAGGAAGAGUCCUGAAAGCUCCAGGAGCAGGAGAGGAAAGAGAACUAUUCUGGCACUUCAGGCUAUGAGGCGGCCAAUGAGUGAUACCAACAGCUUCCAAACUACGCAAUCCUAAAAUAAUAAA